AUGGAGGCCUGGCUCCUCCUCGCCGCCGCUGUGCUCAUCCCCUUGCUCGUCCUGCUCCGGAGCGGCAGGAGCCGCCGCUUGCCGCCCGGCCCGCCGGCCGUGCCGCUGCUCGGCAACCUGCUGUGGCUGCGCCACUCGGCCGCCGACGUCGAGCCGCUCCUCCUGCGGCUCUUCCGGCGGUACGGCCCCGCCGUCACGCUCCGGAUCGGCUCGCGCCUCAGCAUCUUCGUGGCGGACCGCCGCCUCGCGCACGCCGCGCUCGUGGGCGCCGGCGCCUCGCUGGCCGACCGGCCCCGGGCCGCCGCGAGCUCGCUCCUCGGCGUCACCGACAACAUCAUCACCCGCGCCGACUACGGCGCCGUGUGGCGCCUCCUCCGCCGCAACCUCGUCUCCGAGACGCUGCACCCGUCGCGGGUCCGCCUGUUCGCGCCGGCGCGCGCGUGGGUGCGCCGCGUCCUCGUGGACAAGCUGCGGGAGGCCGCCGGGGACGGGGACGACGCGCCCGGCAGCGUCAUGGAGGCGUUCCAGUACACCAUGUUCUGCCUCCUCGUGCUCAUGUGCUUCGGCGAGCGGCUCGACGAGCCGGCGGUGCGCGCCAUCGAGGACGCCGAGCGCGCCUGGCUGCUCCACAUCUCGAGGAAGCUGAGCGUCUUCUUCUUCCUCCCGUCCGUCACGAAGCACAUCUUCCGCGGCCGCCUCCGGGACGCCCACGCGCAGCGCCGCCGCCAGAGGGAGCUCUUCGUGCCGCUGAUCAACGCGCGGCGGGAGUACAAGAGGCAGGCCAAGGAAGAAGGCCGGCCGCCGGUGAGGGAAACCACGUUCCACCACUCGUACGUGGACACGCUGCUCGACAUCACGCUACCGGAGGAGGGCAACCGCCCGCUCACCGACGACGAGAUCGUCGCGCUCUGCUCCGAGUUCCUCAACGCCGGGACCGACACCACCUCCACCGGGCUGCAGUGGAUCAUGGCCGAGCUGGUCAGGAACCCGGCCGUCCAGGAGAAGCUCUACGACGAGAUCAGGGCCACGUGCGGGGACGGCGAGGUCUCGGAGGAGGUCCUCCACCGCAUGCCGUACCUGAAGGCGGUGAUCCUCGAAGGCCUGCGGAAGCACCCGCCGGGGCACUUCGUGCUGCCGCACAAGGCGGCGGAGGACAUGGACGUCGGCGGGUACCUGAUCCCCAAGGGCGCGACGGUGAACUUCAUGGUGGCCGAGAUGGGCAGGGACGGGGAGGAGUGGGUGAGGCCGAUGGAGUUCGUGCCGGAGCGGUUCCUGGAGGGCGGCGACGGCGCGGGCGUGGACAUGACCGGCACCAAGGGGAUCCGGAUGAUGCCGUUCGGCGUCGGCCGGAGGAUCUGCGCCGGGCUGAGCAUCGCCAUGCUGCACCUGGAGUACUUCGUGGCCAACAUGGUCAGGGAGUUCGAGUGGAAGGAGGUGCCCGGGCAUGAGGUGGACUUCGCCGAGAAGCGCGAGUUCACCACCGUCAUGAAGAGGCCGCUCCGGCCCCGCCUUGUGCCCAGGAAUUAG